UCUCAAAUUGAUAAAAUGAAUUAGCUCGUCGGGGCAUACUCAAACAAUACCUGAUUAGUUUAAUUGUGUAUCUGAGGAAAUCCACAAUGGCAUUAGAAAGUGUGACCGAUUCGCAAGAUGAAGAUGAAGUUAAGAACACGAACGUUGGUUGGAAGUUUUGGAAGACUAGACGAUAUACCGUAGUCUUAAUGAUCUUCCUUGGUUUCUUCAGUAUCUAUUCAAUAAGAGUCUGCCUGAGCGUAGCUAUAGUAGCGAUGACUGAGAAAUUCAAUACAACUUUAGCAAAUGGGACAAUAAUUGAGGAUCAGCAUUUUGACUGGAAUUCUAAGGAACAGGGACUAAUCCUUAGUUCAUUCUUCUACGGAUACAUCUUCACUCAAGUUCUAGGGGGUGUAUUGGCUUCGAAGUUUGGUGGUUAUUAUAUAUACGUGUGCGGCGUUGGAGGAUCAUCUCUCAUGGCACUUCUAAUGCCAGUUGCUGCAUCUUUCAGUAUUUACAUGUUAAUGGCUGUUCGCAUUCUAGAAGGAUUGUUCGAAGGCAUAAACUUUCCAGCGAUGCAUGCCUUGCUUAGUCGUUGGGCUCCGGUUUCCGAACGAUCUCGUAUGGCUAGUCUCUGUAUAUCUGGUUGUUAUGCCGGAACUGUUGUAGCUAUGCCUCUAUCAGGAGUCUUAGCAUCAACUCUUGGCUGGAAAAGUGUCUUCUAUUUUUAUGGAUGCUUUGGGGCUUUGUGGAGUAUUGUGUGGAUUUUAUUGAUAAGAUCAUCUCCAGAAAAUGAUCGCUUCAUCUCUAAAGAGGAAAGUCUGUACAUCGUCAAGAGUUUGGGCAAUGAAGAUGAAAAUAAGGAGAUCUCACACCCUUGGAAGAUGAUUUUGACAUCAACUGCCGUUUGGGCAAUUGUGAUAUCGCAUUUUGCAGAAAACUGGGGAUUUGAUACUCUCCUCACUCAAAUGCCAACAUUCUUUGCAGAUAUUCUCGAGUUCAACGUGCAAGCAUCGGGGAUCGUUUCGGCCAUCCCUUACCUGACUAUGAGCUGCCUUUUGGCAGUUGGAGGAUAUCUUGCAGAUUGGUUACAAAUCAGGGGAUUUUUGAACACAACUCAAGUACGGAAAUACUUUACUUCUGGAGCACUCCUUGCUCAAGGUGCCUUUAUCCUUUUGGCUGCGUUUAUUGUUAGUCCAAUAGGGAUUAUUAUUUGUCUGACACUAACAAUUGGGUUGGGUGGCCUGGCAAAUGUUGGUUAUAUGAUCAACCCCCUGGACUUAGCUCCCCAACAUGCUUCGGUCAUCUUUGGGAUUUCUAACACAAUAGCCAAUAUUCCAGGAAACAUCAGUCCCUUCCUCACAGGCCUAAUUGUGACCGAUAAAUCGAAAGAGCAGUGGCAGAUUGUAUUCUUUAUCAUAGUAGGAAUUAAUGUGGUAGGAUGCCUCUUCUACUGGUUCUUCGCUAAAGGAGAUUUGCAACCCUGGGCUGUUACGUCAUCAACCGCUCCUAGAAAAUCUUCCCAAGACAAUAACUCUGAGAAAAGAGAUGCAAUUACAGCAAAAACUUUAUAAUGCUAUUAAUUGUUUUUAAUGUUAUUAUCAAACACAUAAAGAACACGUCAGCUUAAUAA